AUGCGAUUAUUAUCUCACAUCCUCCCCUUCUCUCUCCUUUCGGCGAUUGCUGGGGUGUAUGGACAGGAAUGCGAGAAAUCCGAAGACUGCAGCCUCAAUGGCGUUUGCUCUGGCACUAAGACCUGUAUCUGUGAUCCAGGCUGGCGCGCUGCCGACUGCAGCGAGCUGGAUCUUCGGCCAGUAGAGCGAUGGACAGGAUAUAAUCAUACCAACAUCACCCUACCUGACUUCUAUCGCGAAGGAGCAGGGAACUCCUCCUGGGGAGGUCACAUCAUUCAAGACCACGAGGAUAAGCGACUCUUCCAUCUCGUAAUUUCGCAAAUGGAUCACGGAUGUGGCCUUUCGGGAUGGCGACCAUUUAGUACCGUGAUCAGAGCAGAGUCGCGAACCGGACCCCGUGGGCCCUACACGUGGGCCCAGGAACUCUUCAGUACAUUUCACCAUAACCCAACAACGAUCUGGAGUCCAUCAGACCAGAAGUAUCUGAUGCAUUUUAUUGGCUACGACUGGGAAGCUCCCGACACGUGUCGCUCGAUCAAACGAAACAACACUAUAUCCGUGUCCAGCUCCCCAGAUCUGCGAACCUGGGACACCCCGACAGAGCUACUCAUCAACGUCACGAACCCAGCCGCCUGGUCUCUUUGGACCCCCGACAAUAAAACGUCAGAGAUGCUUCUAGCAACCGAGAAGAACAAUAUAUACCAUGCAGCCAAUUACACCGGUCCCUACACCCUGCGCGUAGAGCCGGGAAACAUCGAAAUCGACCCGUCGCUCCGUAGCGAGGAUCCCUUCCUCUGGCGUGACAAGCGCGGUCACUGGCACUUCCUCGUUCAUCACAUGGUAGAUAUCGCACUGGGGAAGAAGGGGCCUCGCGUGGGAGCCCAUGUCUUUGCAAAGAGCUGGGAAGGGCCCUGGCACUAUAACAAUAUCACUCUGGCUUAUAACACAACGGUGGAGUUUACGGAUGGGGCGAGCACCGAUUAUUAUCGGAGGGAACGACCAAAGCUGUAUUUUAGCACAGAUGGGGAGAUGGUCCCGUUGUAUCUGAUCAAUGGCGUGCAGGAGUUCAAUACCUCGGCGAGCUAUACGCUCAUUCAGCCGAUUGGGGAAGGAUGGAGAGAGUAUGAAAGAGGGUUGGGGCUUGACUGA